CAGCAGUGUAGUUCUACUAGGUGAUUGUGGCACGUGACACAAAGUCACGCGAUCCUUCCGCCACUCACAUAAGUCAUCGCUAAAUUUUUUAUAUUACCACCAUCAUGAGUGAACAUACCAACAAGGGAGCUCUCCACCCGGAGCAGAAGAAAUGGAAGGCCCCAAAGGGACCUAAGCCUAUCCAGCACAAAAAUAAAAACUUGAUUGGUUUGGGUAGAACCAUCGCCAACCAAAGAAGAUUAGAGAACCAAGUCCAAUACUUGCCAGAUGGUGAUUUGAGAUUUACUACCGAUAAGAAGGAAGCAGACUGGGUUAAGAUGCAAUCCAAGACCCAGGAAAACUCUCUUGAUGAGUUCUUGAGCACUGCACAACUUGCUGACACCGAUUUCACUGCUGAGCGUGGACAACAAGUGAAGAUCAUCAAGAUCGGAAACACUUCCAUUGUCAACCAAACCGGAUUGUUAAGUACCGAAGAAAUGAUGGCCAUGAAGCAAAAGCAUCACUUGUUCGAAAACAAGUUAACUAUUCCUAAAAGACCAAAAUGGACAAAGGACCAGUCCAAAUUACAAAUUGACAGACAAGAAAACUUGGCAUUUUUGGAAUGGAGAAGAGAAUUAGCAGCAUUAACAGAAGUCAACGACUUGUUGUUGACUCCUUUCGAAAGAAACUUGGAAGUUUGGAAGCAAUUAUGGAGAGUCGUCGAAAGAAGUGACUUGGUUGUUCAAAUUGUGGAUGCUAGAAACCCAUUGUUUUUCAGAUCGAUUGACUUGGAAAAGUACGUGAAUCAGUUGAGUGACCCAGAAAACAACAAGACCAAGAAGAAUUUGUUGUUAGUUAACAAAGCUGAUUUGUUGACCAGAAACCAACGUAUCAAGUGGGCUGAAUACUUCAACUUGAAGAAGAUCGAUUACGUUUUCUUCUCUGCCGCCAAGGCCAAUGAGUUGUUGGAGAAGGAAAAGGAAGAGUUGGAAAAUGCACAGAACGAUAUCAUUAGUAGCACUGCCACCGAGUCCAAGGUGGAAGAGGAGGAAGAAGGUGAAGAAGAAGGCGAUAUUAAUGAUGACAUCAGAAUCUUAAAGAUUGAAGAGUUAGAAGAACUCUUUAUGAAGACAGCUCCUAAAUUGGAAGAAGAUCCUGACUUCCCCGACAGAAAAUUGAACAUCGGUUUGGUGGGUUACCCUAAUGUUGGUAAGUCCUCUACCAUUAACGCAUUAGUUGGAUCUAAGAAGGUGUCUGUGUCUUCAACUCCAGGUAAAACCAAGCAUUUCCAAACCAUUCAUUUGUCACAAGAUGUCUUAUUGUGCGAUUGUCCUGGUUUAGUCUUCCCUAACUUCGCCUACACUAACGGUGAAUUGGUGUGUGACGGUGUCUUGCCAAUUGAUCAAUUAAGAGAGCAUAUCCCUCCAGUAUCUUUGGUGUGUCAAAGAAUUCCGAAAUUUUACUUGGAAGCCAUUUACGGUAUUCACAUCCCUAUACAAAGAGUUGAAGACGGUGGUAACGGUAUCUACCCAACUGCUCGUGAAUUAUUGAAUGCUUAUGCUAGAGCAAGGGGUUACAUGACUCAAGGUUUUGGUUCUGCUGAUGAGCCAAGAGCUUCCAGAUAUAUUUUGAAAGAUUAUGUCAAUGGUAAGUUGUUGUAUAUCGUUCCACCUCCAAAAGCUAAAGGAAAUGAUGAGUGGGACUUGCCAAGUUUAGAUGAAUGCAGAGCUUUCAACAAGGAACUUUACGGUUUAAAGAACUUACCUGAGUCUAGAAGGCAACAAAUCGAGACCGCUAUCCACAACAAGAACUUGAAGGUAGAUGAUUUCGAUUUAUCCAACGACCUUUCUAAGUUGAAUUUCUCUAUGCAUAUUGGUGACGAUUCUGAUGAGGGUAAGGCCAAGACUUUGUUCUACGGUGGUAGACAAGCAGCCUUAGAAAGUGCUGGUGAUGAUUUGGAUCGUGAGUUUUUCAAGAUGAAUGGAGUGACAGGCAAGCUCAACACUCCCUUCCACAAGAAGGACGGCGAAUCAAAGAGUGGAAAAAAGCAUAACAAGAAGAACAAGAAGCAGGAGAAGAAGGUGAGAGUAGUGGGCUAUUAAUGAUUAUUACUAAUGAUUAAUGUAUAUUACGGUCGCAAUGCGGUCAGUGAGACCAUAUUUAGUGUUGAAUACAUAGGGCUUAUAGACCGUUGUAAUAUGGGUAUGGAUGAACAGUGUAG